AUGAGCCGUUUGUUUCCACGAUCCAAUUCAAGCUUCUUCCUUCGUAGCGGACUCGCUCUGGAUGCGAAAGUCGUGCGGCUAAGGGAAGAGAUGUACCUCAUAGACGCCGGCGUGGGUAAGCCGCGGAUAGCCACUCAGGAAGAGAUCAUCAAACCCCCAAACCACGACGGACCGGCUCGCUUCUCGAACCGAGUCGGCUUCCUCAACCCGUCGAACCAAGAUUCAUCGGUGAAGAACCAGCUCCUGCAGCGAUUCUUCGUUGAUCUGGUGACCGGAGAUGCGCGGGCCAAACAGCAGGCGGCGGCGCGGUUCGAUGACUUGGUGGGGCUAAGCGACACCGUUAGCGGUGGGGAGCAGCCUCUCCUCCUCCCUCGGAGGUUCAGGAAGCAGCGAGCGUGGACUGAACUUCUGAAGAAGUGGAGGUCCAAUUCGAAGGUGAAAGGUUUCGUGGCGCAGAGUACAAGAGGAGGCUAUUCGAUCGCCAUUGCCGGUUACCUCGCGUUUGUCCCGACUCGUAACGCUAUGAAUAACAGGCUCAGCGGCGAUCGCUAUAUCAUCCAGAGCAUCAGCCCUAAGAAUUUAGUGGUUGCCCCAGUUCGAUGA